UCUCAUUUAUUUUGGAGUGCUCUCUUCUUCUCUCUCCUAAAAAAACCAACACGAAAAAUAAAAAAAAAAAAUCGCAGAUUUUCCCCCUUCUGGGUUUUUUACCGCUGCAUUUCCAAUCUCGUGUUCAUCUUUUUACCCCAAUUUUCUUUCGGAUUUUUAGGAAUAAUUUCAAAUCUUUUUAUGCUAAAUAUAGCGUUGGUUUAGAUUCGCUUUCCUCGUGCUUCGGUUAUGCAGAGCAUCCCGAAAUCUAGGGUUUCAAGCUCCGAUCUUCUCUGUCGCGUGCCAAUUUUUUAGGGUUUUUUUGAGUUGUUUUUCCUUUUUUGUCUGCAACGGCAAUAAACUUGUCAUGGAGUUGCCUUUUUAUUGCUCUUUGUUAUCAGUGUAGUUUAGAUUUUAGAAGUGAGAGAUGGGUUUUGUUCAGAAGAAAGGUUUGCAUGGCGGUGGCUCUUUUGUUUCCGAGAAUGCCCAUGAAGAUGUUAUUGGAAUUGCCAGAAAAACAAUGGGUGUUACCAAAAUGGGAAUGUAUUCUGGUUGGAGUUGUGAUGGUUAUUUGGAGGAAAGCUCAUUUGAACAUGAGUUGAGGAGAAGUUCUUCAGCACGAGGCAGUGGAAUACCGAUGAAGAUGCUCUUAGCUGAAGAGAUGUCAAAAGAUACAGAAUCCAAGCGGAGGCCCCCAAGCGUCAUUGCCAGAUUGAUGGGUCUUGAUGCAUUACCAACACAACAGUCCAUCUCAAAACACUAUAAGAAGAACUCUGAAAAGCAAGCACUGGAUAUGCCACUUAUGAAGCCGCAAAAAAAACCUUUUUGUCAUCAAGGAUAUCAUCACCGUCAGGAGAGUGUAUGCCCUGAUGAAUUCAUGUCAAAGGAGACCCACUCUUUCAGAAACCAUGCCACUGAGCAGCAAGAAUUCAAGGACGUUUUUGAAGUUUGGGAAACCUCAGAUGCCGGGAAAGUAAGCAAGCAGAGCAUCCACACAAAGCAUAGUGAGAAGAAGAUGGAACUCAUACGCCAGAAGUUCAUGGAUGCAAAGCGCCUUUCCACCAAUGAAAAGCUUCGGCAGUCUAAGGAAUUCCAUGAUGCUUUGGAAGUUUUGGAUUCCAACAAAGAUCUUUUCCUGAAAUUUCUUCAAGAACCUGACUCAUUGUUCACCAAGCAUCUGCAUGAUUUGCAGUCUGCUCCUGAACCACAUUGGCCAAGUCACAUAACACUCUUGAAGUCUUCAAAGGCUGCAUUUGCUAAUAACGACCAUGAAGGAGUGAGUGAGAUAUACUGGAGACAUCAGAGGCAGAUCAUUGUGGAAGGGAAGAAGCACAAAAGCAGUCGGAGUAUUUUGGAGAAACGUGAGGUGGGCUAUAAAGAACAAUGGUUUCCUUCUUCACACAAGUCAGUAACUCGAUCACGUAUGAAAGAGAAAAUAGACCCGUGUCUCGUGCCUACAAGGAUAGUUGUUUUGAAGCCAAGCCUUGUAAUGGAGGAGAGCACUAGAGGAGAAGUCCUAUCAUCUCCAAGCUCCUCAUUAGAUCCAUAUAAUAGUAUUUGCAGAAAGCACAUGUCAUCCUCUCAGGGUUACAGUGAUAAGGAUGAGUUCUCAGAAGUAUGCAGUUGGGAAGGGGUGAUUAGGAAUGGAGGUAGGGGUCGGGAAAUCGUUAGAGAUAGGCCAAAGGGUUCUAGAGAAAUCGCAAAAGAAAUCACUAGACAGAUGAGGAAAAGCAUGACUAAAGACACUUUAAAUCUUUCUUCUUCAGCAUCGAAUAAAGCCUCGUACUAUAGACCCAAUGAGAAGGGGUCUGUAGUUGUUGAACCUAAGGUUCUUAAUACACCGCCAUCCGAGACUUUGUGGGAUUGGAAUAAGAAGAGGUUAAGCCCCAAUCCGUCCAACUCCAGUACUGAAUCUACUGUGAGCAGAGAGGCAAAGAAACGCCUUUCUGAGAGGUGGAAAAUAACACGCGGUGGUUACCAAGAAGAGGAAAAGCUGAGAAAGAAUUCAAGUACAUUAGCUGAAAUGCUUGCUGUGCCUGAAACCAAGACCUCAGAUUUGGAAUUGAGGCCACUUACUUUGCAUUAUAUGAUCAAUCAGGAUGAUUCGUGCGACAAGGCAACUGGAGAUGUUGUCUUCCCUGAAUGUGACCAUGCUUCAGUUGUCAACCAUAGGUUUGAUGUUCAGGAAGGUUGCGAUGAAAAUUUACAUCGGUCAAGGUCUCUUACAGCAAGAUGCAGGCGUGGAGCUAGGAAGAAGGGGUUGAAUGAGGUACAACAGGAGGUGAAGAACUUGGGAUCUGGGAGGUCUCUUAGAGGGAGAGGUUCUGUUUUGAAAGAUAGCCUCUUCUCUAGUAAGAGAAAGUCUACCUCCGUAAAAAAUUCUCGCCCUUCUUUAACUGCAGAGCAAAACUAUAAAUGUGAAAUUUCAGAGAGUGAUAAUAACUCAAAUAUGAAAACUGUCUCAAGUCAUUCAAAGGGUCUCGAGGACAAACCAGAGGCAAGUCUUGUGUUCAUUGAGCCUCAAAUUCCUCAACCCUUUAUUAAUGCCAAUGUUAUGAGCCCUCAACAUUCUGCGCUUCUUAUAAGUGGUGAAUGUGCGGAUCCAAAGACAGACCUGGAUAUCCAUCAGGGAUGUGUGACUGGGCCAUCUCUAGAUGGAACCUUUUUGGAGAAAGAUGGGGUGGCUUCUUCUCAUGAUCAGAGUGAUUGCACCAGUGAGGUCAUCAUUCUGGAGCAGCCUCAAGAAGGACUGCCUGCGGACCUUUUUCAGUCAGAUGGACUCCAUGGAACAGAUGCUGAUAACUCUAUUGAAACCUUUAAAGAGACCUCAGAUCAGCCCAGUCCAGUUUCUGUUUUAGAGCCACCAUUUGAAGAGGAUUUUUCAAGUCCAGAAUGCUUUGAAAGAAUCAGUUCAGAUCUUCAUGGGCUCCGUAUGCAGCUCCAUCUGCUAAAAUUGGAAUCCAAAGGCAGGUGCGUCGGGGAAUCGGACUAUGAUGCGGAGGGCGUGGCAUCAAAUUUUAAUGACAAUGGUUCAGAAGAAUGGGUUGGCCAUUCUGACAAUGUAGAAGAAUGCGAGGAAAUUGUUUACUUGAGGGACUUAUUAGUCACCUGUGGUUUUUAUGGCGGCCAUGAGAUGAUGCUUGCUUCAUGGCAUUGCCCAGAUUGCCCAGUGGACCCCUCCUUGUUCGAGAAGCUAGAGAAGAAGUAUGGAAAGGAAAAUAAGAGGGGAAAAUUGGAUCGUAAGCUUCUAUUUGACAGGAUGAAUACUUGGUUGGUGGAGAUUAUGGGGCCCCGUUUAGAAGAACGCCCUUGGCUUGGGACUAGAGAGAGGAAGCUCGCAACGAAAGUGCCGGAGGGGGAGCGGUUGGUUGAGGGAUUGUGGGGUUCACUUCGUUGCAAAGACACAGAGAGAGGGGAGUCUUUAGACGAAAUGUUGCAGAAGGAUUUUGCUCAGGAGUUGGGGUGGAUGGAUUUGAGGGAUGAAUUUGAUGUCAUCGGAAGAGAGGUAGAGAAUAUUUUGCUUGAUGGGUUGAUUGCAGAAGCUCUUUCUGACCUCUGCCACUCCUCGUGGUGAGAUUUCAGAGACUUUGGGAUGAUGAUUGUUAAGAGUGUCUGGUGAUGGUUGUAACAGGCUGCUGCAAGGAAUAUUAGACAGCACUAACUAUACAAAAUAUGGCUUGUUUCAUUAUGUAAGUGUAUAGAAACAAUGCUAAUAUGGAGGAAUAACGUGUGGUCUAUGGUUUAAAACAGGUCUCAUUGUUAGAAUGAUUUAGCAUCAUUCUUAGCAUAAUUCAAUGAACCUGUUAAUUUCAUGAA